GUAACGACUGCAUCUACUUAUCUGCGCGCACUAUUGCUAGGCGACGGGCUUCUGCGUGACCCGAUUCGAGCUCCAUCCAGGGUCGCCUCGUCAUUGUAGCUGCUCCCUCUCCACUCAUUUCUUCCUCCGCAUCCCUCCACACAUAUUCCAGGUAUUUGGACGACCUAGAAAAAUGUCUUGCGCGGGGAAUCGGUUGAUGAUAUUAUUCGGAGUCAUGAUGCUGCAUUCGGGCUCUGCUCAGAACGAACCAUCAAUCUUUUCAUCUGAUCACAUGAUCUUACCCAUGGGUUACCACAGCCCACCAAUCACGCUUCAGUGCAACCUCACAUCUUCUCAAAACGCCCACAGAGAGAGCUUCUGGAUGAAGAAUGGGGAGGAGAUACCAGACACAAGGGGCGAUGGCAAGAACACAGAAUACAAACUUAAUAAACCCAGGCCAGAUGAUGCGGGCGAGUAUAUGUGCGUGUACAUGUUCGACAUGGCCCCCCCAACAAAUGCCACCAUUGAGGUAAAAGCUGCGCCAGACAUCACAGGGCACAAGCGCAGUGAGAAUAAGAAUGAGGGGGAGGAAGCCGUCCUCUACUGCAAAUCCGUGGGUUAUCCUUAUCCCCUGUGGGCCUGGCGUAAACUUGACAAUGGCGUCUACAUGGAAAUUGACAACUCCUCUGGCCGUUUCUUCGUCAGCAACAGGGAUGGCUUCACCAAGCUGUCCAUCACCAACCUGGACAUCACCGCUGACCCUGGAGAAUAUGAGUGCAAUGCGACCAAUGUCAUUGGCUCCACCUCCAUGAUAUCUGUGCUGCGGGUCCGUAGCAUCCUGGCCCCCCUGUGGCCCCUCCUGGGGGUCCUCGCCGAGAUCAUCAUCCUGGUGCUCAUCAUCGCCAUCUACGAGAAGCGCAAGAAGCCAGAUGACAUGCCUGAUGAUGAUGAACAAGCUGGGCCAAUGAAAACCAAUUCCACCAACAACCACAAAGAUAAAAACCUGCGUCAGAGAAAUACAAAUUGAUUUGAUCAUUACAAGAUAAAGACAUAAAUUUCAUGAUCAUAUGAACAUUCCUCAUGGUUCAGCGCAUUGAUAAACAAAGCAAAGAUGGAAAAGUUAAGUGGAAGAAUGGAAUAAAAUGACCACCCAAGGCUGGUGUGAGAAGGAUGUCUAAAUGGAACAGAACCUGAUUUAUUGUGUGAAAAUCUAAACAUUUCUUGCAUGAUUGUGUUGCUUUUAAUUUAGAAUCUUUUACUCAAGUCAACUUUAUCCAUGUCAGGCAAAUAUAUAUAUAUAUAUAUAUAUAUAUAUAUAUAUAUAUAUAUAUAUUUAUAUACUGCAUGAAAGAUAUUCUACUGUUUGAUACAGGCUUUUAUUUAUUUUAUUUUUUUUUUUGUAUUUUAUUUAUUUUUUUGUAUUUAUGAAUGACUUCUGUUUCAAGCAAGCCUUUAACUUAUCGCAAACAUGCCACCAUGUUUCUGGUAUGACUGUAUGUGAUGAUCUGGUAUCAUAUGACUGUAUACAAAAUGGUAAGGUGGCAUAAGAUUCUAUCAAUUAAGGGCUUUGCAAAAUGUCCUACCAUGUUUAAUUUGUACAUGUAUUGUACAUUGAUGUAUGAAAUCACUUGAAAUAUCUCUAUAGUUAUCUGAAUGUUCUUCAUACUGAUGCACUUAUCUCUUUGAGUAUUCUUGCAAACCUGUGACUUCAUUUUAUACUUGUAUACCUUAUCUGUCUCUGAGUCUACAUUGCUGACUGCUUUUUAUGUAUGCAUAGUAUCCAGCAUGGCUUUUUAUUCUAUGCAAUAUCUAUACAUAUGGUAGAUCAAAGUUUUUUAAUGUUAGCGUUUGGUUGUUUAUAAUUAAGCUUUAAUAUUAUAUGUUAGCAGAAAGUACCGUUCAACCAUGCAACACACUCCACAUGAUUUAACACAUCACUGCAUGAGCUCCCUAUAUAUAUAUAAAAGGUCUACAUGACCAGAAUGUGAAGAGAAAUUAUUAUUAACUGAAUUAACCAAGGUAUACGUCAUUUUUAACAAUUAAAAUGUCCAAAGUC